AUGGGAACAGUAUAUACUUAUGGUUCAAUAAUCCCACCAACCAAACUCCAAGUAACAUUCUCACCCGAAGUUCCUGUCGCUGGACAAAUGGAUGAAGUUACGAUUUCCGGAAAAUUUACGAAAGAUAUCACCGAAAAUACCGAACUUGUGGUUGCAUUUAUUGAUUCAAAUGGAGCUGCCUUAGCAGAUCCAACUAAAUUGCCUGCUUGUACUGGAAGUGGAUGUUCAAUUAAAGCUGGUGAGCAGUAUACUCAAACGGUGGAAAUUCAAGCACCAGAUAGUAUACCUCAUUCGACCGAUAUCUUUAUUGUUAUGGGUAAUUCAAAGACCGAUGUUAUAGGCUGUGCAUAUGUCAAACUUUAA